AUGAACACAACGAUCAUGCUUUCAGCCCUUGAUGUCGAGUGGGCAAGACGCCUUCGCGAUUUGUUUCUCGGUGUCUGUCGAGUGUUACUGACCCAGUUCACGUUGGUAGACUUGUCGAGACGAAUUACUGGUAGCAUUGUGAACGUGCGAAUGGAUUACAAAUGGAAUGUGGAAGCGAUUGAACAUCUGGCACAUGUCAUGGAUGGUGGUUCAAAUGUGGACGCGACACUGUUUGCGCAGCGAUUCUUCCGUGUCAUAGGCUCAAAUGAUGCUUCGCGGAUUCCGGUGAUCAAAGAGGUGGAAAUCAUUUUGCGAGAAUGGAUUGGGUUGUGUUACACGCCAAUGGCUCAAAGAAAUCCAAAGGAGGCAUUGUUCCAAAUGAUUGUGAUGAUGCAUGAGCAUGGUGUCUUGUCGGGCGAUGAGAAGAUCUCCCAGUUCAUUCGAAUGUGCACCGAAAUGUGUGUAGAUGUUGCCCUGCGACUUCUGAAGACCGACGCGUCUACACCAGUCAGCCCAUCGAAUAUUGUGCGACAACGAUGUUACUACACCCUGGAUGCGUUUGUCAAGCUGAUGGCGUAUUAUUCUGACGGUGGAAGUGCCUCUCCAUCUGGCACGUCCAAAAUAGCGCUUCUAAAGAAAGUCCUGCACAUCAUCACAAGCGUACUCCACGUAGACCAUGAGGUUCGACGAGCAGAGUUCAACGCAAUGCCGUAUCAUCGGAUUCUGAUCACCUUAUUCAUCGAGCUAACCACGCCAGAUGGAUCGAAUCUGGAGCCAAUCGCGUGGUCAAUAAUUGAAGCCUUCGGACAGAAUGCGUUGUUCAUGUUGCAACCACGACGAUGUCCGAGCUUUGCAUACGCGUGGUUGGAUUUCGUCGGUCACCGAGCUGUGAUUGGAGCUCUUCUGGGAGGUAACGGCUUCGCUGAAAGCGUUGAUCCAAUGAAGACAUCGGCGAUGUACACGCAGUUGUUGAUCUGCCAUCUGAAAUUCCUCGCCCCUUUCUUACGAAAUAUUCAGCUGCCAAAAUCGAUAGCGGUCUUGUAUAAAGGAACGCUUAGGGUUCUGUUAGUUAUUCUGCACGAUUUCCCUGAGUUGUUAUGUGAAUACCAUUAUGUCAUCAUUGACACGAUACCACCGAAUUGCGUUCAACUUCGGAAUCUUGUUCUUUCGGCGUAUCCUCGAAACAUGCGAUUACCAGACCCGUUCGCGUUGAAUUUCAAGCCGGAAAUGGCGAUUGAACCGAAAUCGAAUUUGAAUAUGGCGUCCAUCAUUCCGGAUUCGAUUCGUCUGCCUCUCGAUGCGUACUUGAAGACCCGUUCAGCGGUUGAUUUCCUGUCAGCGUUACCCGGCAUGUUGCAGAUAUCCGAAACACCCGGCUCCAAAUACAACAGUACAGUUAUGAAUGCGAUGGUGUUAUACGUUGGAAUGAAAGCCAUCGAAAGCUUGCACGAACGGCGACAACGUAUUUCGAUCCACACGAUUGCACAUACAGCAUUUAUGGAUAUUUUCCAAAAUCUUGCUGUACAGUUGUGUACUGAAGGCCGAUAUCUGCUUUUCAAUGCAAUCGCGAAUCAGCUUCGUUAUCCAAAUGCGCAUACUCACUACUUUAGUUGUGUGUUCUUGUUUUUGUUCUUGAACUCGGAUCAUGAUGCGAUACAGGAACAAAUCACACGCAUUCUCUUCGAACGAUUGGUAGCUUUGCGUCCACAUCCGUGGGGUUUGCUCAUCACGUUCAUCGAACUAAUCAAAAAUCCCGUCUACAACUUCUGGAAGUACGAGUUCACCCGGUGCGCUCCUGAAAUUGAGCGGUGA